ACUCCAGUCUCAAACACGGAAGUAUUUGAUUUUCAUUUAUAUUCUGAAUCUGCAUCAGUGCUCCCGACAGGUCCACCUUAUCGAUGGCGUCAUUGGCGUGCCCGUUCUACCAGUCCGCUAAAUUAAACGAAGCCAUCUCUCCUCUGGAUUGGCUCCUGGGUAACUGGGAAUCAGUCGAGCCCGGAGAGGGGUCCUUCCCCAGCCUGAAAGAAUUCCGCUACACGGAGGACCUUCACUUUGCCCAAAUGGGAGAGCCCAUCAUCAGCUUUAUGUUCAAUGCCUCCGAUGCGGAGACGAAGAAGAUACUUCACAGGGAGUGUGGCUUCAUCCGAAUGCAGACCGGCACCAACCGAGUGGCGUUCAUCAUCGCACAGAACUCUGGUACUUCACAACGUUCCUGAUUCAGAAUAAUAGGCUGACAUGCAAUAGAGCAGAACACGUCAACAUCACAUGGAGGGAGCUUGACACCCAUCCAACGGGUUCUGAGUUUAACCCAAAUAUGUGUAGCCUCUCUUUUGAAAAGAUGCAUGCAUCUGACUUUCCUUUGUCUGUAGUUUGGGCUUAAAGGUGUGAGGGUGAUUAGCCAUUAAAAGCUGCUUGAAAAUCUGCCUUUUCCUGGGUUUUAGUGGCAUCACAAGUGGGCGUGUCUGCCUAGAUGUAUGAUGGUUAGGCAACAUUUGCUACAGUCUACAUGGUAGGCUGGCGGGACUGAUCUAUCCAGCACUAAUCUAGGUGGACACUCCAACUCGGGAUGUCACUAAAGCACAGGAAAGGGCAGAUUUUCAAGCAGCUCGUAAGGGCCAUUCACACUCACACCAGGUGGCAGAAUAUCACCCCCUUUAAUCAAAAGUCUCUGAUAUAAGAUGUGACGGCCCACUUGGUGACUGUAUCUACAUGCCUGAUAGCUUUCAAGUCCCCCGCCGUAACGACAUGUCUGCAAAGAAAAAAAUCAGGUUUGCGUGAUCUGACACUAACCUAGAUUUGAAAGCGCGCUCACACAAAAAGCGACGGAUGACGCGACUCCAUACAAAGUCAACGUAUAGACGCCUGUCGUCUGGAACGCAUCUAUACGUUGACUUUGUAUGAAGUCGCCCCGUCGCUUUUGGUGUGAACUCGGCUUGAGAGGCGCUUUCCCUAUACUCUCUCUCCCAUUCACUCUAGCACUCAAUCGACGGGGGAAUUUGUGUUUUGGGACGGGUCAGAAUAUUCGUUUUUCGAGGGUCAAGAUUCCCUUCAAAUAUAAAGUUUUUCACAAGCCAUAACUUUGUUUCCCUGGAACCGCCUGAGGGGCAGGCAGUUCAAUUCAUUUUUCACAAUUUACCAGCUCUCCUUUUGAAGACCGAAUCACCGCGCCAUUCGUUUCAAUGGGGUUCGCGAUGGUCUAUACUUUCAACAUAAAGUGUACAUAUUUCGGGGGCUUAUUUUCCCGAUAAUGACCGGCGUUCUGUAGGCCUACAACAUUAUCCAUUACAUAUAUCAUACAAGUCCUGACCAACAUAACGGUUGUGCGUGAGGGACAUACGAACGAACGCUUACCACUUUUGUAAAUGCCAUAUAUAGGCCUACAGUAUGCUCGGAUUGUAUGAUAGGAAUAGAUCUAUUCCGAUUAGAAAUCGGAUCAGAAAUGUCCAUGUAAACGCGGAGGACUGUCGGCAAGCGCUUCCGAACCUGGCGUGAUCUCAUUGCCUCACUAUCAUUCGCUCAGUGAACUGGCUGCUGCUGCUGCGGCUGAGUGCGAGCUGUGGAGCACACCCACUGACUAGCCUCUGCGUGCAAGGAGUAUGGCUGAGAGUUGGAGCGGCUCGCUGCACAGACACGGACGUUAUUUUAAUAAAUAUCGAUACUAAAAAAAUCUGCGAAUCGUUUUUUUGCGUGAGGGUAUCGUGAUACUUUCUAGUAUCGGUAUACAGUACAAACAAUAAGUACGCCAGUAUGCGAUUAGUUAAAAGCGGGGAUUGUUUACUGAACAGGCCUACUAGGCCAAGGAUCCUAAGAGCUCUGGUGCCCUAUACAAAGAUGCUACUGUAUUAUAGGCUUAUAUUGGGUUUGUUAAUUUCAUGUCUUAAAUGUUGUCCAUUUAUUUCCACAAAAUGAUCUAUCACUUAAGGGUCUAUUUAUCAAAUGUUCUCCCAGGGGAGCAUACCCCUGGAUCCCGCUUGACUAUUAUGUUGAUCAGGGCAUAUAUCUGCCUAUAGGGGCCCGCUAACCUCCCAGGGAAAAAAGUUCAGGCUCAGGAUUUUCUUCUUUCACCCCUGUAUCUAUUUUGUACAUGAUUCAGCUGAGACUCUGGACUGU